AUGUCAGAAAUCAAUCUCUCGUCAGCAACCACUGUCGACUACGAAGAACGCUAUUCCGCCCACAACUACCACCCUCUACCUGUCGUUUUUCACAAGGCGCAGGGUGCGCACGUAUGGGACCCCGAAGGCAAAGAGUACCUUGAUUUCCUGUCUGCGUACUCCGCGGUCAACCAAGGCCACUGUCACCCGGACAUCGUCGCCGCCCUCGUCGACCAAGCCAAGACGCUCACGCUAUCGUCACGGGCCUUCUCUAACGACGUGUUUGCCGCUUUUGCCAAAUACGUCACUGAAUACUUCGACUACGAAAUGGUGUUGCCUAUGAACACCGGCGCCGAGGCGGUCGAGACCGCCAUUAAGCUCGCCAGAAGAUGGGGUUACAUGAAGAAGGGCAUUCCGCACGGCGAGGCCAUCGUUCUAGCCGCGGAGGGCAACUUCCACGGACGCACGUUCGGCGCGAUCUCACUUUCGACCGACGAAGAAGAUUCUAGAAAGUUCUUUGGGCCUUUCUUGAAAAACACGUCUGCGCAGAUCCCCGGCGAAAAGCGAUUCAUCCGCUAUGGCGUCAUCGAAGACAUCGAGGAGGCCUUCAAAAACGCAGGCGAUCGCAUAGCCGCCAUCCUGCUAGAGCCAAUCCAAGGUGAGGCCGGUAUCGUUGUGCCACCCAAAGAUUACCUCAGCAAGGUCCAGGCCCUAUGCCGUAAGUACAACGUGUUGUUGAUCUGCGACGAGAUCCAGACCGGUAUCGCGAGAACCGGUAAAAUGCUAUGCUACGAGCACUCUGAGGGCGUCAAGCCCGAUGUUGUGCUCCUGGGUAAGGCCAUCUCGGGUGGUGUGCUGCCCGUGUCGUGCGUGCUCUCGUCCAAAGAAAUCAUGCUUUGCUUCUCGCCCGGUUCCCAUGGCUCUACGUACGGCGGUAAUCCCUUGUCGUCAAGGGUUGCCAUUGCCGCGCUCGAGGUCGUACGCAAGGAGAAGCUCGCGGAAAGAGCUGCCGAGCUUGGCGAGCUCCUGCACGGAGAGCUCGAGAAGCUGCAGAAGGAGUCCAACGGCGUUAUCUCCGAGGUCCGCGGCCGGGGUCUACUGACGGCGAUCGUUAUCGACGCGUCCAAAAUCGGUGGCAAAACCGCCUGGGACCUGUGCCUGCUCAUGAAGGACAAUGGGGUGCUUGCCAAGCCCACGCACGAACACAUCAUCAGACUCGCGCCUCCGCUGGUCAUCUCUAAGGAGGAUCUGCUGAAGGGUGUAGAGGCGAUCAGGCUCUCGCUCAAGCAGCUGUAA